AUGUCUGGAAAUGGACCUGAGACUAGGAUUGACCGUGGGCCUGUUCUCUGCUUUGAGUCGUUCAACAACUCAUGUGUGAGAUUUGUCUACCCGUCUGAGAUUAAGAUUGUGCUCUAUUUGUUCUUGAGUGCUAUAGCGCUUACCACAGUAUGUGGAAACCUGCUGGUCAUCAUUGCCAUCAUUCAUUUCAAACAGCUGCACACGCCAACAAACUACCUCAUCCUGUCGCUGGCCGUGGCCGACCUGCUAAUGGGAGGCUUUGUAAUGCCUCCCAGUAUGCUGCGCUCUGUUGAGACUUGCUGGUACUUGGGUGACAUGUUCUAUCGCUAUUAUGCUGUAUGUCACCCGCUUCAGUACCAGAAUAAAAUCACACCGCUCAUUUCCCUCAUUAUGAUUUCCCUAUGCUGGGGUCUGGCAGCCUUUGUUGGAUUUGCUAUGGUAUUUCUAGAACUCAACAUUUUGGGUGCAGAGGAGUUUUAUUUUGAUAAUAUAGCUUGUAAGGGAGCCUGUAUUAUCUUUCAAACCCGCGCAGCCAGCACCAUUUCCUCAAUUCUUGCUUUUGGCCUCCCUGGAAUAAUUGCUGUCAGCAUAUAUCUAAAAAUUCUCCUUGUUGCACGAAGACAGUCAAAAUCUAUACAUCAUUCAGCACACAUGGUCAAGAAAACCAGCAUAUCUAUAAACAAAACUGAGGGGAAGGCCACAAAAACCCUGGCUAUCAUCAUGGGGGUAUUUUUUGUGAGCGUCUCACCGUUUUUCUUCUGUAAUCUAAUAGAUCCGUUUCUUGAUCACAUAAUACCACCGGCCAUAUUUGAUGUUUUUUUGUGGAUUGGAUAUAUGAAUUGUCUGUAUAACCCUUUUGUGUAUGCAUUCUUUUAUAGAUGGUUUAGAAAAGCUCUAAGAAUUAUUCUUUUGGCCAAAGUAUUUCAAGUUAAUUCUUCACAACUUGACUUGAUGGGAAGACGUGAUUAA